ACAUAAUUGAGUCGGGAUACUUCAACUUGCUUUGAUGAAACGAUCGCAUCGCUUGUACAGCCGUGGAACAAAAUAACGCUAAGAUGCCAUCUCAGGAGCUCGAAUACCCAAAGCAGCCUUUCAGCACCGUCAACCGGUACAAUAACAGAGCAUCCUACUCCCUCCAGCAGAUUCAUGAGAUCGUAAAUACAACCCAUUUCAUCAAUGUGUCCUUCACGGACCCGUCCUCCCCUUUUCCCGUCAGCAUACCCAUGAUCGGGCAGAUGGGCUCCUUUGCGCGGCCGAGCGCGGACACAGGUGACGUGCUCGAUCUUUAUCUGCACGGCUACAUCUCCUCACGGCUCCUGAACCUAUCUCGCAACAAUAACAACAGCGACAACAACAAAAAGGGUGAAAACACCGGCAGCGGCAGCAGUAGCAACGGUGAGGAACAGGGACUACCCGUCACCAUAUCCGCGACGCACGUCGACGGCCUGGUCCUGGCCCUCACGCCCAACAACCACUCGUACAACUACCGCUCCGCGACGCUGUUCGGGCACGCGGCCCUCGUGACGGACGUCGAAGAGAAGCUCUACGCCAUGGAGCUCGUCACCAACGGCGUCGUGCCGGACCGCUGGAGAAACAGCCGCGUCCCACCCACCGGGGCCGAGAUGGCGUCCACCGGCCUGCUCCGGGUCCGCGUCGCGGCCGGCAGCGCCAAGAUCCGCAGCGGCAUGCCCGGCGACGACAGGUUUGAUCUCGAGAACGAGCAGGUGGCAGGUAGGGUCUGGACGGGCGUCGUCCCGGUGUGGACGCAGAUGGGCGAGCCGGUGGCCGGCCCCGAUAAUAAGGUCCAGGCGGUGCCGGGCCACGUCCGCGACUAUGUGAGGGAUGGGAAUAAGUGGGCGAGGGAGAUCGCCUUGGAACAGGCGAGUAAGGCCAUGAAGCCGAAAAAGACCGAGGAUUGAGCGUAAGGCUUGUGGGGUUGGACGGGUUUGAUGGACUACGAUAUGUGAUGGGGCAAAACCCUCCAUCAGUUCCAGGUUGCAAUGGGGGCUUUCGUUUACUCAUCCGCGCUUACCCUAUAUCAGAGAGACGAUCAGACUGCGUUUUCCACUCUUGGUAGAGAUACGUUUAUUGUCACGGUUACUGUUGGUGAACGCAGUAGUCUGUGCAUCAUGGAAGAAAUUAGUAUCUCAUAGUG